UCUUCUUUUUCACAAAACCGUUGAACCUUUCUUUCUUUCUACUACACCUCUAAUUUUCAUCAUCUUCUUCAUGAAACUCCUUGGUUUCCCAACAAAGUGAUCAGAUCUUUUUUUGAGGAGGUUGAUUGAGUGUGCAAAUUUGACAAGGUCCUUCUUCUAACCGAGGUAACAUGAAUCUCUGUCUUUCUACUGCAUUUUUUUUUUUUAUUGCAUGCUGCAGAUUUCUCAUGCCUUCAUUAAUUUAAAUCUCUAUUUUGCUUCCUUUUUUCCUCCUGAAGAAAGUUUUGGGGGAUGGCUGAUCCUUAUUCGACCAAUGGAGUGCAGUUGUACCAUGACCGAUGGUACACUUUCCAAGAUGGCUUCUUGGAAUUCAACGCUUGGUCAGCAAAAAGGGCGUUUGAGAAGCAGAAAGAUCUAAUUUUGCUUGAGGCUUUCAAAGGGGGUGACAUUGGUGCAACAUGGUUUCCUUCCCUAUGUGACAUGGAAGAUUGGUCGGGUUGGGUUAAGGAGAUGCUUUCUGAGAAUGGCUUUGUGGAGAUAUUGCAUGCCAUGGGGACUCUUAAGUCAGGAAGUCACCGUGACUUUAGAAGAUGUGGCAAACCUGAUGUUGUUACCUAUUGUUGGGGAAGAGGAUCCACGGCACAUAACGUUAACGCCAGAAAAGCGUGCCACAUAGGUGGCUUUGAAAAAGGUAAGGAUACUCCAUACGUGUGGGCAGCUUUCCUUACAACCUGUUUGAGUGUGAAACUUCCUUUAGCUUUACUAAUGCUAGGUAUGCUUUAUCACAUGCUUGACUUGCUCCACUUUGAAGAGAUUCUUAGUGCUAGCUAUUACAUCAUUGAAUCACAUGUGUGUUUGUCUUUGCUACAAAUGUUUGAAUGGGAGAGAUUUCACCUGUACGACCUUGGCCGUGUCACUAGCGGGAAGGCAUUGAAGGAAUAUCCCAUGGCAAAGUGUGGUUACACCAGUGGGACAGCUCCCUUUAAUAUCCAAGCAUACAAGACGAUGCCAAGGACAUUUGCUGCACCUGAAGUGAGCUUUUUUGACAAGGCACUCCCAGCAGUGCUUGGAAACCAAGUCAUAGAUUUUACUAUGGGAGAUUCAAGCCAUUUAGAGAUGCAGGCAGUGAUCACACCAUCCAUGUUGCCGUGCAUUACAUGGUUGGGGACAUGGAGUCUAGAGUGCUACUGUCCAGAGAGAGUCAUGAGGCAGGAGGACAAUGGACAAUGGUUACUCGUCUGUCCGCCUAUUCCUGGCAUUGUGGAGGAAGAAUAUGAUCAUGUUGCCACUACUGGUGAAGAACUCAAGCAAGAGGUAGCUGGUGAUGCUGGAGUUGAGGAGUUAGCAAAGCUGCUUCUUCAUAGAGACCAGUUUUGGGCAAGAGGAAAAGCGUUGCUCAUCCGCCUAAAACUAAAGCACAUAGGACUUUUACUUCGCCAACCAGCAAACAAAGGAAGGCUAAAGUACCCACACCCUCCAAGGUUAAGACUCAUUUGCGACAAUAAGCACUUGGGUGAGAAGUACUACGAUUCGAGUGCCUCAUUCCUAUUGGCAGCUUCAAACAAAGGCUUUGGUCCUAUUCCCAUCCUUGGUGAUGAUAAAGUUCUAUCCAAAUUUGAAGAGGCUAAAAGGGUGGAAGCCUUGGCGGGCAAGGCCAAGAUUGUAGUCGGUGUUAGUAGAGAAAAAGGGAAGAAGGGCACUGAGAGAGGCAAAGACGCAGGUUUCCAAGGCAGCAUUGACAUAAGCACGACUGCCCCCGAAGAAUUCAAAUCAGAUGUGGGUGAUGCUACAAAGAAAUCCAUUUCUAGUAAAAGCAAAGUGGAUGCUAGCACGCUAGCCAUGAGCUCAGCAAAGAAGGCUGCCAGCCCCGGUGAGGUUGAGCAUAGUGGUCAGGCAUCCUCAACUCUAGCUAAGUCAGGUGAGAUCAAUGACUUGGCCAUAAGGCUGCUCAAAAAUCUUGAUGAGAUGAACGAGGACAAAGAUGUCUCACUAGCUCGAUUCGACUUAGUGCCUGUGGGUGGAUCACGAGCAAUGGGUAAGUUCACAGUGCCUGUAAUGUUGGAACCGUGGGCACACCAUCUGUUAGACAUCUUUCCAAAUCUGACGAUGCACAGCAAAGUUGAGAAAGUGGUGGUCGAGGACACCUUCUCAAUCCUUUGUGCAAUUAUGCGACAUAUGGAGACUGAGUUUGGCAUCGCCAGAGGUGACAUGGCUGAGAGCUUGGAUGAGUGGAUUAAGGAGCAAGGAAAGCAUAUCGAAGAGAUGGAGAAGUCUUUGGUUGAGACAAAAGAGCUUAUCUUCAAGUUGGAAGAAGGAUUUGUGUCAGCCAAAGCAUAUCUAGGAUCACUUAAUCAAGAAAAGGAGCGUAUGAAUUCCAAUGGUGUAGCCGAGCAUUGCCAGAUCUGCAUUGAGGUUGCCAAGGCUUUUGGAGAUGAGCCUAGCCUUUUUCUGCCAUGAAUUGGUUGCAUGUCCUAAUUUUCUCUUCAUCUUUUAUUCUUUUUCCUUUGUUGUAUGUUGACUGCUGGCAAUGCUGCCAUGAUGUAACCCUUUAUUUAUGUUUGCUCUAGGUUGAGCAUCCUUGCUUCCAGCUGAGUCUAGGCCCUAUUGUUUGUUUACUUUCUUGCUCGUAUCUCUAUUGUUUUAAGCAUGGCAUUUGGAUAGAUAGAUUUGUGCUAAAGAAGUGGAUCAGGGAGGUUUCUUUAUGAUCAUAUUACAUGACUCACUUUCUUCUCUCUUUUUUUUUUUUCUUUUUUUUUUUUAACACUCCUUGUCCGUUCACAGUGAUAGAGCAAAAUAAGAGGCAUAUAAACAGAUUGAGACAUA